AUGGGCACGAAAAAACCCAAUAUUUCUACUCGCAAUGAAAUCAAAAUUAUAACUCCCAGAGAUAAAACGACUGCUAAACACAGUAGCACAUUUGAUAUCGCUCAGAAAACCUCGUCUGAUCAUCAACGAAAAUCUGAAAACGUUGGAGCGAACCCGCAUACACCAUCAAAAAAUGCGAACAAAGAACUUUUUCACGUUGAGCACGCAGGUCUUCACGAGCGCCCGGAACGGUACAAAACUUCGACUCAGUCAGAAGAAAGCUUCGUAUUGACCACCGGUUCUGCUGAACAUCAUGAGGACCAAAAUCACGCCGAAAUUGACCAUUCCGAGAAGGCCGAAGCUGAAGAAGAACAUCAUGAAGUUUCGGCUCAGCCAGCAGAAAGCUCUGUGCUGAACACUGGCUCUGAUGAACCUCACGAGGACCACGACCACGCCGAAGUUGACCAUUCCGAGAAGGCCGGAGCUGAAGAAGAACAUCACGAAGUUUCGGCUCAGCCAGCAGAAAGCUCCGUGCUGAACACUGGCUCUGAUGAACCUCAUGCGGACCAUGGACACGCCGAGAAUGAUCAUUCCGAGAAGGCCGAAGCUGAAGAACAACAUCACGGAUUUUCGGCUCAGCCAGCAGAAAGCUCCGUGCUGAACACUGGCUCUGAUGAACCUCAUGAGGACCACGAUCACGCCGAAGUUGACCAUUCCGAGAAGGCCGGAGCUGAAGAAGAACAUCAUGAAGUUCCAGUUCAGCCAGCAGAAAGCUCUGUGCUGAACACUCGUUCUGCUGAACCCCAUGAGGACCACGACCACGCCGAAGUGGACCAUUCCGAGAAGGCCGAAGCUGAAAAAGAACAUUAUGAAGUUUCGGCUCAGCCAGCAGAAAGCUCCUUGCCGAACACUGGCUCUGAUGAACCUCACGAGGACCACGACCACGCCGAAGUUGAACAAUCCGAGAAGGCCGAAGCUGAAGAAGAACAUCACGAAGUUUCGGCUCAGCCAGCAGAAAGCUCCGUGCUGAACACUGGCUCUGAUGAACCUCAUGAGGACCACGAUCACGCCGAAGUUGACCAUUCCGAGAAGGCCGGAGCUGAAGAACAACAUCACGAAGUUUCGGCUCAGCCAGCAGAAAGCUCCGUGCUGAACACUGGCUCAGAUGAACCUCAUGCGGACCACGACCACGCCGAAGGUGACCAUUCCAUGAAGGCCGAAGCUGAAGAAGAACAUCAUGAAGUUUCGGCUCAGCCAGCAGAAAGCUCUAUGCCGAUCACUGGCUCUGAUGAACCUCAGGAGGACCGCGACCACGCCGAAGUUGAACAUUCUGAGAAGGUCGAAGCUGAGAAAGAACAUCACGAAGUUUCGGCUGAGCCAGCAGAAACCUCCUUGCCGAACACUGGCUCUGAUGAACCUCACGAGGACCGCGACCACGCCGAAGUUGAACAUUCCGAGAAGGUCGAAGCUGAAAAAGAACAUCACGAAGUUUCGGCUCAGCCAGCAGAAAGCUCCGUGCUGAACACUGGCUCAGAUGAACCUCAUGCGGACCAUGGACACGCCGAGAAUGAUCAUUCCGAGAAGGCCGGAGCUGAAGAACAACAUCAUGAAGUUUCGGUUCAGCCAGCAGAAAGCUCCGUGCUGAACACUGGCUCUGAUGAACCUCACGAGGACCACGACCACGCCGAAGUUGAACAUUCCGAGAAGGCCGAAGCUGAAGAAGAACAUCACGAAGUUUCGGCUCAGCCAGCAGAAAGCUCUGUGCUGAACACAGGUUCUGAUGAACCUCAUGCGGACCAUGAACACGCCGAGAAUGAUCAUUCCGAGAAGGCCGGAGCUGAAGAAGAACAUCACGAAGUUUCGGCUCAGCCAGCAGAAAGCUCCGUGCUGAACACUGGCUCUGAUGAACCUCACGAGGACCACGACCACGCCGAAGUUGAACAUUCCGAGAAGGCCGAAGCUGAAGAAGAACAUCACGAAGUUUCGGCUCAGCCAGCAGAAAGCUCUGUGCUGAACACAGGUUCUGAUGAACCUCAUGCGGACCAUGAACACGCCGAGAAUGAUCAUUCCGAGAAGGCCGGAGCUGAAGAAGAACAUCAUGAAGUUUCGGCUCAGCCAGCAGAAAGCUCCUUGCCGAUCACUGGCUCUGAUGAACCUCAGGAGGACCGCGACCACGCCGAAGUUGAACAUUCCGAGAAGGUCGAAGCUGAAAAAGAACAUCACGAAGUUUCGGCUCAGCCAGCAGAAAGCUCCGUGCUGAACACUGGCUCUGAUGAACCUCAUGAGGACCAUGAUCACGCUGAAAAUGACCAUUCCGAGAAGGCCGAAGCUGAAGAAGAACAUCAUGAAGUUUCGGCUCAGCGAGCAGAAAGCUCCGUGCUGAACACUGGCUCUGAUGAACCUCAUGAGGACCAUGAUCACGCUGAAAAUGACCAUUCCGAGAAGGCCGAAGCUGAAGAAGAACAUCAUGAAGUUUCGGCUCAGCGAGCAGAAAGCUCCGUGCUGAACACUGGCUCUGAUGAACCUCAUGAGGACCAUGACCACGCCGAGAAUGUUCAUUCCGAGAAGGCCGGAGCUGAAAAAGAACAACACGAAGUUUCGGCUCAGCCAGCAGAAAGCUCCGUGCUGAACACUGGCUCAGAUGAACCUCAUGCGGACCAUGGACACGCCGAGAAUGAUCAUUCCGAGAAGGCCGGAGCUGAAGAAGAACAUCACGAAGUUUCGGCUCAGCCAGCAGAAAGCUCCGUGCUGAACACUGGCUCUGAUGAACCUCAUGAGGACCACGAUCACGCCGAAGUUGACCAUUCCGAGAAGGCCGGAGCUGAAGAAGAACAUCACGAAGUUUCGGCUCAGCCAGCAGAAAGCUCCGUGCUGAACACUGGCUCUGAUGAACCUCAUGAGGACCACGAUCACGCCGAAGUUGACCAUUCCGAGAAGGCCGGAGCUGAAGAACAACAUCAUGAAGUUUCGGUUCAGCCAGCAGAAAAGCUCCGUGCUGAACACAGGUUCUGA